UGCCUCAACCUCUCAGAGUUCUGAAAUGAUGGGCCUGAGCUACCACGCCUGGCUUCAAAUGGCUUUUUUUCAAAUAUAUUUAUUAAGAAUAAAAUCGGUGAUUAAAACAGCUGGAAGGGAGCUGGGUGUGGUGGUUCACACCUGUAAUCCCAGCGUGGGGAGGCUGAGGCAGGAGGAUCCUUUCGAGUUCGAGACCAGCCUGGGCUACAAAGUGAGCUCAAGGCCAGCCUGAAGUGCAUUAGACAGACCCUGUCUCAAAAAAAAAAAAAAAAAAAAAAAAAGCUCGAAGCCCCCCACCUUUAUAUUUAUUUAUUUAUUUAUUUAUUUGCCUAGAGGUUCCGCCCACGCACCUCUUCUCCAGGCUUUGGUACUUACCCCUGUCCUGCCCCACCCGCCAUUCAUAACCCGCCCUGUCCAAGCCUUGCCCAGUGGAAGGUACACUCCGCUGCAGGCCCGCCCACCAGCUCGCCCCUCCCAGGCCUCGCCCUACGGUAGCCACCUCCCUCCUCGGACCCAUCCACCAGAGCCCCGCCCCGGCCCGCGGAGGUACAGGGGCCCGGCUAUGGUGCGUUCGGUCGGCGGUCGCGCGCUGGCGGCGCUGGCGCUGCUCGCGGUCCCCGCGGCUGUGCUGGCGGCGCUGGGCGCGCAGCUGCUGUUCCAGCUACAGGCGGGACGCGCGGAGCUGCGGGGCGCGGAGCCCGGGCUGCCGGCCGACGCCGCGGGGGCUCUGCUGCCGCUGGCCGCCGCCCUGGCCGCGCUGGCCCUGCUACUCGGCCUAGCGGGGGCGCUGCUCGCCGCGCUGCUUGCCCACAUGGUCUCCGAGCUGGCCGCGCCCGGCCCCGGCAGGUCUGACUGGUUUUUCCACAAGGGCCGCCGCCUCCAGCAAGCAGCCCUCUGGCUGGUCUGCUUCGGGGUCUCCAUCUACUUAGCAGCACUGUCUAUCUACACCCUGCUGCUUUUCGAGAUUGAGGCAGGGGCGGCCACCGCCUCCAUCCUGGGCUCCGGUGCCCUGCUGCUGGUGGCCGUACUGACCCACACCCUGCUCCGGGCUGCCCGCAGUGGCCUCCACAACCUGCCUCUGCCCAGCUCCGAGGACGAGCCUGGCUGCCCUGCGGGAAUCUCCAAGGCUGGCCCCAGUGCACAACCCCAACAGGGUACCCACCUCGGGGUCCGUUACUCAUCCUUCCUGGUGCCAGGGGACCCAACUGGGCACAGAGCCACCACCCCUGCAGCCCCUGAGAUCGAUCCAGACAGCAGCUUGCCUGCACCCCACGAGCCCCACACCCUGUCAGCUGACAUGGGGCACUGGCAUGGGGUCACACAUGAGAUGUGCUCCAUGCUGGGUCGUGGGCUGGGGGGUGUGGGAAAGGACUCCACACUGGUAUGAGCCCAGGACACAGCGAGCAGAGGGCUAUAGAGACUUGUCCUGACUCUGCUGCAGUAGCAAUAUGACCUGAUAUAGCUCACAGCAUCCUGGCGCCUCGUGGUGCAAAAUGGCUGCCAGGGCUCAGCCUUUACCUCCUCAUUAGACCUCAGUGCAAUGGAGGCCAGGAAAUAUGGCCAUCCUGAAUGAAUAAGGUUCUGUUAGUAGGCACAAGGGGAGCAUAGGUCCUAGAUAGUGACUCUCUUAAGUAUCUCCAUCCAUUUUACAGAUGAAGAAGCUGAGGCCCCCAGAGAGGCAGUGACUUCCCACGGGUCUCGGCUCUAAUUCCUGGGCCCUGAGAGCCCCACGACGCUGAUGGCCGGUGCGAAUCUGACCUGAGGCUCAAAGCUGCCUGCUGAGGUCAUUGUGCCUGUUUCCUUGUUUGUAAAGUGGCCCUGGGGAGGUACCUCUUCCCUGGACCCCCUAGCCUAGCUGCUGUGCGAGGCUACCUCAGAUCCCCCCACCGCCACCCCCACUGCACAAGCAACAAAUAAACCCUGGCUCGGUUCUGA